AUGUUUACUCAUGGUGAAUCGCAAAAAUCCACGUUUUUGGAGCAAAACAAAGCUGCUAGAGAGGAACGCUUGCUGGAAAAAAGACGAGAGUGGGCGGCUGUUCGUAUACAGGCAAGUUUAAAAGGCUUCGUAGCACGUAGGCGUUACUAUAGAAGGAUAAUCAAUGAUUUUGAUUCAGUGGUCGUAUGCAAUGUAGACGAUAAGAAUUUUGAGUUUUUCUCAGCAACUAAUGUUUAUGUUCUGGUAAAACGAUUUUUAACAAAUUUUUAUAAACUAACAGAAGAUGGUGAAAAACUGCGUGAUCGCUAUGAGCAGCUAUGUAGAUAUUUAGUAAAAUCAAUGGAAGCUGACACUCCAAAAAAUUCAUAUGCUACGCUUUGUCUACAAAAGGACAAGAGCUUACCAUGGAUUGCACAUAUAAAAAUUUUUCUAAAUAUUGCACUACAUUAUUUGGAAGAUAUAAAACCAGAAAAUCAUACAGAUAGCAUAUCCUUAGCUCUAUAUUUACAUACUUUGGUUGUUUUCACGUCUCCGAAAUCUUGGGGCAUUUUACGCCACAAACAAUUUGAAAAACUUCAACAGGCAAUGCAAAAAAUUUGCUGCAAUAUUCAAGGAUAUUUGGUACAAAAUGGUUUCUUUAGAAUUAUGCGAUCAGUGUUAAUAAAAGGCACAGCGCGUGAAGAUCUAACAUUGAAGCCAGUAUCACUUCAAGCUAUAAUCACUUUGUGUACACGUCCACUCAUAGAUGGAGACUUCAGUCGCAAUUUAUUCGCACAAUUUCUUACAGAAAUAUUGUCUGUGCCAGCUUUAAUCUAUCACUUAAAUGCCAACGCACCUCAAUGCAUUGAACAAAUGUCCUCCAUGUGGAUUUUAAAGCGUGCAUUGACAUCGCUAUCAGAUGACUUGAAUUGGUUCAAAGAUUUUGGUGACAAUAUGCCAGGUACAAAAGCUUUAGCAUUCCUUGGGAAUAUUGUCAACUUAUUUAAUAUUGAGAAUUCCAUGGAAGCAAAACUGUUAGCAUUCCCAUUAUUAACAAAUACGGCUACCACUUUAUUGGAAAACAUACCGAAUACAGUGACCACUAAGGGAGUAUUUACACAGUGGCAUGAAUUACUUGGCUGGCAUACACCAUCAUUGGACUCAGCACAAAAUCAAAAUGUUCAUUUAAUAAAAAAACAAUUUUCCAUGUUGUGGGGCCAUAAGUGUAUUAAAAUAUUACUUGGAGAUUUACUAAAAGAAGUCAAUACAAAUUUUGAACGUAUAGAAUUUUUACCGCCUAGUCAAGCAUCCACCAGCAAUUUAAUACGUCGUGCACUGGAACGCAACUCAUCUCGUGGAAAUGCAAGCAAAAAUAAUAAACAAUGGCGCAAAAUUGAUAGUAACGAAGUCAUACAUGUAUCACGCAUAUGUGCUACUUUUUAUGCUGCCUUAAAUACAUUAUCUCAAAUGAAACUAGAUAUAUUAACUGGCAUAUGUUACAAUGAUAACAUUAUAUACGAUUUAUGGCUAUUAUUAACUUCAUUGGGUCCCAAUUGUGGUAUGAAAGACUUUUUGGAAAUGUUUAAAUGCGAAGGUGCAAUACAGAAACCACAAACUGCAAUGCUAAUGUUGUUCUGUGACAGUAUGACACAUUAUGUAACUAUUUUGGACGAAUAUGAAAUGUACACCGAACAAAAACCAUUUUUACUCAACGACUAUGUUAUGUUAACAUAUUUUUUAAAUAAUCUAUUGUAUCGCUUAAUUAAUGACAACGUAUUGGGAACAAAAAGUGUUACUCAAUGUCCCAUAUUUAUAUCAUUACAUACAUUGCUUCUAUGUUUAUAUCGCCGAGAUUCGAGACGAUCUUUUACUCCAACUAAUCAUUGGUUAAUACAGGAAGUAAAACCAUCUACUUUCAUAAAUGAUUUAGAGAAGGCGAAAAGACAUGCCGUAAUAUUAUUACAAAAAAUGCCACAUAUAAUACCACAUGAAGAUCGUGUUAAAUUGUUUCGAAAAUUUGUGCAAAAUGAAAAAGCCGUUAUGGGUUUAACAGAAAGUGCUUGUGCUUCACCACGAUCAGCAUUAAUAGUUAUACAUAGAGAACGCAUUGUUGAGGACGGAUAUAGACAAUUGGCUUUAUUAAGACCACAUUCUUUAAAGGGUGUGAUACGUGUUCGUUUCAUAAAUCAACAAGGUCUACAUGAGGCAGGUAUCGAUCAAGAUGGAGUUUUUAAGGAAUUUCUUGAGGAAACAAUAAAAAAAGUGUUUGACCCAUCAUUAAAUCUAUUUAAAAUUACCUCAGAUGAACGCUUAUAUCCUUCACCAAUAUCCUAUGUACAAGAUAAUCAUUUGCAAUUAUUUGAAUUUGUUGGUCGAAUGUUAGGAAAAGCAGUUUACGAGGGUAUUGUUGUGGAUGUACCGUUUGCUUCAUUCUUUUUGUCACAAUUAUUGGGACAAACGCAUCAAGCAUUAUAUUCAUGCAUGGAUGAAUUGCCAUCAUUAGAUAACGAGCUGUAUCGCAGUUUAACAUUUAUAAAACACUAUAAGCAAGAUGUUUCGGAUUUAAAUUUGACAUUCUCAGUUGAUCAGGAUGUAAUGGGAAAAAUUGUAACACAUGAAUUACAUCCAGGUGGUAAAGCUCGUGCAGUAACUGAUCAUAAUAAGCUUGUCUAUAUACAUUACAUGGCUUAUUUUCAUAUGAACACGCAAAUUCGAGAACAGACACAAGCAUUUAAUCGUGGUUUUCGUAGUAUAGUUAAUCCAGAGUGGCUAUCACUUUUCUCACCACCUGAAUUGCAGAGACUUAUUUCCGGUGACACAGCACCUUUAGAUUUACGAGAUUUACGAAAACAUACACAAUAUUAUGGAGGAUUUCAUGACUCUCAUCGUGUUGUUGGAUGGUUAUGGGAUAUUUUAGCCAAAGAUUUUUCUGAAGAGGAGCGUAAGCUUUUUUUAAAAUUUGUUACUAGUUGUUCAAAACCACCGUUGCUUGGCUUUGCGCAUCUUGAACCACCGUUUUCAAUACGUUGUGUUGAAGUUGGAGAUGAUGAAGAUAUGGGUGAUACGAUUGGUAGUGUAAUACGUGGGUUUUUUACUAUACGUAAAAAAGAUCCACUUAAUCGGUUACCUACUUCAUCGACAUGUUUCAAUCUGUUAAAGUUGCCAAAUUAUCAAAAAAAAUCUACACUGCGUGAUAAACUUAGAUAUGCUAUUAGUAGUAAUACUGGAUUUGAGUUAUCAUAAGCAAUGAGAAGCUUAUCACACCUAGUGAGCUUUAUAUGUGUUAUAUUUUUAAAAAUUAAAAUUUUAAUUUCACUUUUUAUUAUAACUCAA